AGAUGGCGUUGCUCCUACGCUUCUCGUUAACACCAUUUGAGGUAUCAGGUGGAAGUGGACUUAGACCACUGAUCAGCUCUAUCCGAGGGCUUCGAACUCACUCCCGUCUUCAUGAAGCCGCCAAACCUGCUGAAGCUAUCCCUGGUAUUCCAUACAAGAACAUGACCAUUGGAGUACCUAAAGAAAUAUGGCAAAAUGAAAAGAGAGUGGCACUUGCUCCAGCUUCAGUGGCUGCCCUGUCCAAAAAAGGUUUCAACAUAGUGCUAGAAGAUGGAGCAGGUUUGGAGGCUAAAUAUCACAAUUCUGCCUUUGAAGAAGCUGGUGCCAAAAUUGUUGACAAGAAGUGUGCAUUUGGAGCUGACAUUGUGCUGAAAGUGCGGCUACCACAGCUUGAAGAAGUAGAGUUGUUGAGGGGUGGCAACACUUUGGUGUCUUUCAUAUAUCCUGCACAAAACAAAGACAUAGUUGACAAACUGGCAGCUAAAGAUAUGACUGUAUUUGCUAUGGACUGUAUACCAAGAAUAUCUCGUGCCCAGGUUUUUGAUGCACUUAGUUCGAUGGCCAAUAUUGCUGGAUACCGAGCAGUGGUUGAAGCUUCUAAUCAUUUUGGCCGCUUCUUCACAGGUCAGAUAACAGCCGCAGGCAAGGUUCCUCCUGCUAAAGUUUUGGUCAUCGGUGGUGGUGUAGCAGGUCUGGCUGCUGUGGGACAAGCUAAAAACAUGGGUGCCAUCGUUCGUGCCUUUGACACACGAGCAGCUGUCAAAGAACAAGUUGAAUCCUUUGGAGCAGAGUUUUUAGAACUCCAUGUUAAGGAAUCGGGAGAGGGUACAGGUGGCUAUGCAAAAGAGAUGUCUAAGGAGUUUAUUGAUGCAGAGAUGGCUCUAUUUGCAAAGCAGGCCAAAGAAGUAGAUGUUAUAAUUUCUACAGCUCUUAUUCCUGGAAGAAAAGCCCCAGUUCUGAUUAAAAGAGAACAUAUAGAUGCAAUGAAACCUGGCUCAGUUGUGGUAGACUUGGCAGCAGAAGCUGGAGGCAAUAUUGAAACAACUGUCCCUGGUGAGGUAAUAGUUUACAAUGAUGUCACUCACAUUGGACUGACAGACCUUCCUUCACGCUUAGCCACCCAGGCUUCCUUUUUGUAUGGCAAUAACAUCUCUAAGUUUUUGCUGUCCAUUGGUGAGAAAGAACAUUUCAACAUUAACCUGGAGGAUGAAGUAGUAAGAGGGUCUAUCAUUUUGCAAAAUGGCAAGAUGCUAUGGCCACCUCCACCUCCGCCUGUGGUGUCACCAACAACAGUUACAAGUUCAGCUGUAGUAAAAGAACCACCACCACCCCCUAACUACUUUAACCUGACCUUGAAGGAUUCUCUUAUGUAUACCUCAGGUCUGGCUAGUUUGGUGAGCUUGGGUAUUGGGUCACCCAAUGCUGCCAUGACACAGAUGAUGACCACAUUUGCCUUGGCUGGCAUCGUGGGCUACCACACUGUUUGGUCUGUCACCCCAGCCCUACAUUCACCACUUAUGUCAGUCACAAAUGCUAUUUCAGGGAUUACAGCUGUGGGUGGUCUGCUGCUGAUGGGUGGAGGUUAUUAUCCUUCCAACAUAAUCCAGGCACUAGCUGCUUCUGCUGCCUUCAUCUCGUUCAUUAACAUCUUUGGUGGUUUUCUUGUUACGCAGAGAAUGUUGGACAUGUUCAAGCGGCCUAAUGAUCCUCCAGAAUAUAAUUACCUCUAUGCCAUUCCUGCUGCUACCUUCCUUGGAGGGUAUGCAGCUACAGCUGCUGGUGGCUACACAGAGAGUCACCAGAUGGCCUACCUUGCUGCUUCCCUCUGCUGUGUUGGUGCCCUUGCAGGGCUCUCAAACCAGAAAACCUGCAGACUUGGCAACACUCUAGGAAUGAUUGGGGUAUCAGGUGGCAUCGCUGCAACUAUAGGUCAGCUUGUGCCGUCAAAUCCUGUCUUGAUGCAAAUGGGUGCUGCAGCUGGCAUGGGUGGACUCAUUGGCACCACCAUUGCUAAAAGGAUUGAGAUUUCAGACCUGCCUCAGCUUGUAGCUGCUUUUCACAGUUUGGUUGGUGCUGCUGCUGUGUUGACGUGCAUAUCCACAUUCCUGCAUGAAUUCCCCCAAUUUGCCACUGAUCCAGCUGCUAAUGCCAUUAAGACUGCACUCUUUUUGGGUACUUACAUUGGCGGUGUUACUUUCAGUGGUUCUCUGGUGGCUUAUGGCAAGCUGCAGGGUUUCCUAAACUCGGCACCCCUACUGCUACCUGGUCGUCAUGCCUUGAAUGCAGGUCUUCUGGCUGCCAAUGUAGGAGCUAUGGCUUAUUAUAUGAUAGACCCUUCACUAAAUGCUGGACUAACAAUGUUGGGAGCAACUACUACCAUGUCUGCCAUCAUGGGAGUCACACUUACAAUGGCUAUUGGAGGUGCUGACAUGCCAGUGGUGAUCACAGUACUGAACAGUUAUUCUGGAUGGGCUUUGUGUGCUGAGGGCUUCAUGCUCAACAAUAACCUCAUGACUGUUGUUGGUGCUCUGAUUGGUUCUUCUGGUGCUAUUCUCUCAUACAUCAUGUGCAAGGCAAUGAAUCGGUCUCUACCCAAUGUUAUUAUGGGCGGCUUUGGCACCUCUUCAACUGGCUCUGGAAAACCAAUGGAGAUCACAGGCACACAUACAGAAACUAAUGUUGAUCAGACAGUAGAGAUGAUGACCAAUGCCAAGAACAUUAUCAUUGUCCCGGGCUAUGGGUUGUGUGUGGCAAAGGCCCAAUAUCCAAUUGCAGAAAUGAUUGAUAUUUUAAGAAAGAAGGGUAAGAAUGUUAGGUUUGGCAUCCAUCCUGUGGCUGGCCGCAUGCCUGGACAGCUCAAUGUUCUUCUGGCAGAGGCUGGGGUACCAUAUGAUGUGGUGCUGGAGAUGGACGAGAUCAAUGAUGACUUCCCUGAAACAGAUCUGGUACUUGUCAUUGGUGCAAAUGACACUGUCAAUUCGGCUGCUGAAGAUGACCCGAAUUCCAUCAUUGCUGGUAUGCCAGUCUUACGUGUAUGGCUUUCUAAUCAGGUCAUUGUGAUGAAGCGCUCGUUGGGUGUUGGGUAUGCAGCAGUUGACAACCCUAUUUUCUUCAAACAAAAUACCAACAUGUUGCUUGGAGAUGCCAAGAAGACGUGUGAUGCUCUCCUUACGAAGCUAAAGGAACAUUAUGAAUAAUUGUUGAUACAGAGCUAACAUUUAGAUGAUGACUUGAUUCACUUUUUUUUUUCUCAACAUUACUAUAGUAUAGUUUGUUUAGUUUGCAUUUAAACAAAUAGUAAUGUAAUAUUGGUUGCCCACUUUGGCUUUAUAUAAUUUUUAUAUUGACAGUUCAUUAUAGUAUUUAAAAAAUAUCCAUAUGAAUUAUUUACUAAAAUGACCAAAGUUAUUCCUUCAGCAGUGUAAUUAAUUUCAAAUGUUGAAUAAUGAUUUCACUGACAUGAAAGAUGAAGUUUGGCACUGAAGUAAUGACAGCAUGUAUAACAUUUUGUAAAAUAGUUCUGUAUUUUUCUCAGAUUUGUAAUAUUAUUGUCUUUGUGUCAAAUAAUCUGGAGGAAAGAAAAGCAUCAGUGUUAGUAAAGCUGAUUGUGUUAUAACAAUGGCAAAAAUUACUUGUGCAUUGCUACAAGUUAAAUGUGUGUAUGGAGUCUUAAGUUGAGAAUCUAUUUUAGCUGAUAAAAUAAAUAAUUAAAUAAAAGUA